AUGAAAAUCUUUGUCUGCUUACUGGCCCUUGGCGCCGUUGCCCAUGCCGGCUUCAUUGGUGGAUCAGGAGGCGGCGGAGGCGACUCCCAUGGAUCCCAUGGUGGCGGCGGCGGUGGCGGUGGCUACAGCUAUGGCGGCGGCGGCGGCGGCGGCGGUGGCGGACAUGAUCAUGGGGCUGCUGCUCCUGUGAAGGUCAUCAAAGUGAUCCACGAGAGUGCACCCUCAGGUGGCGGAGGAGGCGGCUGGCAGUCAGGAGGAGGAGGCGGCGGCGGCUGGCAGUUGGGAGGAGGAGGCGGCGGCGGUGGCUGGCAGUCGGGCGGCGGUGGCUAUGGAGGCGGCGGCGGUCAGGAGAUCAAAAUCAUCAAGAUCAUCUCCCAGCAGGCGGCUUCCGGAGGACAUGGCGGUGGUGGCUGGUCCUCGGGCGGUGCCUCCAGUGGCGGCUGGUCCUCGGGCGGUGCCUCCAGUGGUGGCUGGUCCUCCGGCGGUGCUGGCGGCGGCGGCGGCGGCUGGGCCUCCGGUGGUGGCGGCGGCGGUGAUGCCUCCUCGGCUGUCAAGAUCAUCAAAAUCAUCUCCGAAUCGGAUUCUGGAGCUGGUGGUGGCGGCGGCGGCGGAUGGGCGCAG